AUAUGAAUAACACUUGUUAUUGAAAUUGGGAAAGUUUUAAUGUGAACUGAGAUAUUAUGAUAAUCAAAUUGUUUGCGUCUUGUGAAGUACCCGAUACGAAUAUUUGAUCGUGGAAACGUAUUUGAUGUUUAUGCAGGCAUUAUUUCUCACCAAUGAGGAUGCGUAAUGGAGGGGAUCAUUUUAUGGAAGACGCACAUGCUCAUCAUAGCUAUUUUGACCUACACAGAUGCCACAACAGAAAACGAGCUCGUGAAAAAGGAGGACGUCGAUGCCAGUCUGCAGGUCAUAUACGAAGUUGCCAUCAGAAGUUUGGGAUCCCUGUGCGUCACCGAACAGUUCAGAUUCCUCACCGUUCCCCUGGAUACGCUUAGGUUCGAGUCGGUGAGACAGAAGGCUGACUUGGCUGCCACACUGUUGCAGGAUUUGGGGGUCGCACAUCACAAUGGACUUCAGGACGCUAUUGCGAAGGAUCUGCUUGUCUCGGACCGAAGUAUUCUGGCAGCUCGAGUAUUGGCGAUAAAUGCUUCUACUGGGGUACUAGUAAACUGCGCUUGGUGGCAAAGGCAAGCGCUCGAUAUGGGAGGACCCAGGAAGCUGACUGAGAACAUCAUGGAGGUGGGCAGGCGACCAAGUGCUCAGUUUCCUUGGUAUGAAGAUGCUGACUCUAGCCCUGGACUCCGAUCCCCGAAGUUUGUUGGUAGUCCACCAAAUGUCGCGUACAAAGGGUGGUGGACCUAUCCUUACUACUCUUGUGGAGCGAGAAGAUGGCUGACAUCGUAUAGUGUCCCAAUACCAUCUCCUGGGAGACACGGACUGAAAGGCUUUUUGAGCUUGGACGUGGACGUUUCUCACCUGGAAGUGAACCAAUGUGAUAUCGGUAGUAGCGAAAAUGAAAUUGCAGUUUUCCAUGGAUCUCAUAAGUGCGACAACAAUACGUCAAUGUGUGUUUAUAGACCUGCCUCAAAUGUUCAGUCGUGGACAAGAGGUAGAUAUCAGUGUCUUUGUAGGAAAGGCUACUACUCCAAGAACGAUGAUGGUGUUUUCAACGGAAGUUUGAUAGAAGUGGCGUGGCUGGAACAGAAGGAAAACAUCAGUAAUGCCUGGGAUGAACUGUUUACUUGUAAGAGGUGUGCCCCUGGUUGUGACGUGUGUAGAGAUGAAGCUCCUUGCUUAGCCGAGUACAAAUGGCCAUUCAGGUUAACUCUUCUGUCUAUAUCCGUAUUCUGUGUUAUGUGUACCGUUGCUUUGAAUGUAUAUAUGUUCAAGCAUAGAAAGCUGAAGGUUUUUAAAGUUGCCAGUCCUAUUUUCCUUAGCAUUACUCUUUUUGGAUGCGCUACCAUGUACCUAGAGAUGGCUGCCAUUUUCCCAAUACUUGAUCAGUAUUCCUGUAUAGCAACAAAAUGGUCUCGCCAUUUGGGGUUUUGUAUAACAUACACUGCCCUGUUAAUGAAAACCUGGAGGGUAUCACUGACCUACCGUGUAAAAUCUGCGCACAAAGUGAAACUGACUGACAAACAGCUGCUGCAGUGGAUGGUGCCCAUUCUGCUGAUAAUGCUGAUAUAUUUGGGUACAUGGACGUUCUCGGAUACGCCAAAUGCCGAGGAGAUCGUCGACAAUCAGGGGCUUAAGUUCAAACAGUGUGUCUACAACUGGUGGGAUCACAGCCUCGCCAUAGGUGAAGUAUUGUUCCUGGCAUGGGGUAUAAGAGUCUGCUACAACGUGAGGAAUGCAGAAUCACACUAUAACGAGGCUAGAUUGAUCAGCUACGCCAUCUACAAUAUCGCCAUAGUCAAUAUUAUGAUGAUUGCAUUUCACUUGUUCAUUUUCCCACGAGCCGGACCGGACAUAAAGUACUUAUUGGGAUUCAUCAGGACGCAAUUUUCCACUACUACGACCAUUGCGCUCGUAUUUGGUCCCAAAAUCAUCAGGGUACUCAGAGGACAAGGCGACCAGUGGGACAGUCGAGCAAGGUCACGUGGCGUGACAGCUUCGUUCUCUUUGAACGGAAUUGGCUUGGUGCCCGAAGAUACUCCCGAUCUGUGUCAAGAAAAUGAGGAAUUGAAGGAAGAAAUUCAGAAGCUGGCUGCCCAGAUCGAAUUCAUGAAGAUCGUGCACAUGGAGAUCAACAACAGGCACGUGAAGCCAAAGGCUGGCGGUUACUUUUCGACCUUGAACGCUCCGGCGAUGAUGCACAGUCCCAUGGCGGGAAAGCAGAGUGGCAUCCUGGGCCCCCCGAAGCCCCCCGAGGAACUGUGACAACAGCGCCCUCAUACGGGGGGCGAGAGCACAGCUUCACUCCGGAUCAGCUUCAGGGGGAGACGAAAAGUAGUGCAACAUAAUCAACCUGUUUUAGUGUAAAUAUAAAUAAAUGUUUAUGUUUUAGAAAUGGAGUAUUUAAAUUUGUAUGUAUUUUAAAUGAAUGUUGAUGGAAUAAAUAGUACAAAAU